AUCGAGUGUUGGAUCACAUGAUCACUGAUUGAGUGCUAAACACAUCGAAGACAGUCUCGAAGAGAGCGGCGAAGACACGAGACAUGGGUUUCGAAAUCAACUGUUUUGUGAGUCCAUCGCUCGUUAACGAAGACCUCAUUUGCAAUAUCUGUGGAGGAGUUCUGGAGGACGGCCUCUGGUCUCCAGAAUGCGAGCACUCCUUCUGCAAAGUUUGUAUCCAUAAAUGGCUGCAAAGAAGUACUGUCUGUCCGAAUGACAGACAAUACCUGAAUCUAACACUUCUUAAGCCGAUCCCAAGAUUUAUGCGAAAUAUUUUGGAUAAACUGGAAAUGAAGUGCAAAUUCAUUGGCAACGGAUGUCUUCAAGUGAUUCCUUUGGAGUCUCUGCGACAACACAUUCCUGUCUGCGAUUUCAAUCCCGACAAACAGAUUGAUUGUGUGUCCGGAUGUGGUCUCACGCUUAAGAAGCGAGAGCUCGAGAGCCAUAACUGUGUGAAGGCUUUGCGCCAAAGAGUCGACACUUUGGUCGAAGAAAACAUGAAAUACGAGCGAAGCGUCACUUCUGUUAGAUUUGAAUUGAAUUCUUUGCGCAACGAAAACAAGAAAACCAAUGAAUUGGUUAAUAGUCUUCAAAACGAUGUCAAAAGACUGUUAGCCGACCGACAGAUGUCUGUAUCCACGGAUAGCAACGCCUCAGCCGUUCCGCAGAGCUCUUUGGGCGUGAAGUCGGAGAAAAACAGUCGAAUGGUUCCCAACCCUUACGUUCUCAUAACACCACUUCAGUCAUCG